AUGUUGACGACUGAAAACUUCUCUUUACUGGCUGUUCUGAUACCUAUCCACUUUUGCGCCGUCUUCGUUUUAUUCCCGUCAAUCCUCUCCCAUGCCUCGAUCGUCCCUUUGCUCAAAGACAAAGACUUCUUCUCCCGCCUCAGAAUGGCCAACACCUGCUGCUCAACCUAUGUCAACACAACGCUUGCUUUUCUAUCCCUCUGGAUUGUUUACAACGACGAAGAGACAAUUAAAGAUCCCGUGAAUGGUAGUUCGCCAAUCUCGCGAUUUUCGCUCAUUUUAUCACUCAGCUUUCUUGCUUAUGAUAUCCUGAUACUCGCCCUACCUCUCAUCAGACACCACUUUUUCCCAGACUACUCGGCCGAAGAAAUGGCCAAAAUGGACAAAUCGCUUCAGUACUUGGUUGAUGACAGAAUACAACCAAAGAGUGUCACUCCACUCAAAGUUCUCUUAUGCAAAGAAUGGGACAACAAAAGUCCGAAGGAGCGCUACUCCUUCCUCGGGCACCACUUGACGGCAUUCCUGUCUUUCUGGUGGAUCCUCUCUAAUGACCAGCUUCUUUACCUUGCGAAUCACAGACUCAUUGCCGAGCUUUCAACGCCUUUCCUCAACCUCAUGGUUCUAGCCGACAACAUACCUUCAGUUCCUGUUUUAUUUAUUGACAUCCUCAAGAUUAGCUUCUCGAUCGUAUUUAUCUCCUGCCGAAUGCUGACGGCUCCCUUCUUCUGGGGCACGGUGAUUUCCGUCGACCUGGGCGACGUGCCCUUCUGGCCACGCAUCCUCCAGACUCUAGCGCCGGCUCUGCUCGACGUCCUCAACAUCUACUGGGCGCAGAAAAUCAUCUACAAACUAAUCAGAGCGCUAAAACGAGUCGAAUCCAGCGUCGGAUACGACUAA